UGCAUCUCUCCCCAGCCCCGGCCCCGUGUGCCCAGCAGCAUGGCUGAGCUGGAGGGCCUCGAGUUCGGGAAGUCUGACUUCGUGCUCCUCGACGAGGUGACCAUGGAGCAGUUCCUGGCCAACCUGAAGCUGAGGUUCGAGAAGGGGCGGAUCUACACGUACAUCGGGGAGGUGGUGGUGUCAGUGAACCCCUACCGGGCCACGGAGCUGUACGGCCGGGACGUCAUUGAGCAGUACCGUGGGCGCGAGCUCUAUGAGCGGCCCCCCCACCUCUAUGCUGUAGCUGAUGCCGCCUACAAGGCCAUGAAGCGCCGUGCCAAGGACACCUGCAUCGUCAUCUCCGGGGAGAGUGGUGCUGGCAAGACAGAAGCCAGCAAGUACAUCAUGCAGUACAUCGCGGCCAUCACCAACCCCAGCCAGCGCGCCGAGGUGGAAAGGGUGAAGGACGUGCUGCUCAAGUCCAACUGCGUGCUGGAGGCCUUUGGCAAUGCCAAGACCAGCCGCAAUGACAACUCCAGCCGCUUUGGCAAGUACAUGGACAUCAACUUCGACUUCAAGGGUGACCCCACCGGCGGCCACAUCCACAACUACCUCCUUGAGAAGUCUCGCAUCCUCCAGCAGCAGCCGGGCGAGAGGAACUUCCACUCCUUCUACCAGCUGCUGCUUGGGGCCUCGGACACGUUGCUGAACUCCCUGCACCUGACCCGAGAUGCCGCAGCUUACCGCUACACCCAGGAGAGCGCUGGUACCAACUCCAUGAACAACGACAAGUCCAACUACAAGGCGGUAGCGGAUGCCAUGCAGGUGAUCGGCUUCAGCCCUGAGGAGGUGGACUCCGUGCACAGGAUCCUGGCCACCAUCCUGCACCUGGGCAACGUGCACUUCGUGAUGCCCGGGGAAGCAGUGGAGGUGGAGGACAUGGCGCUUGUGUCCCACGUGGCAACGCUGACGGCAACAGAGCCGGAGAAAUUGCUCCAGGCCCUGCUCUACCGAACUGUGGCCGCUGGGAGCGGUGAGGUUAUUGCCAAGGGCCACAGCACCACGGAGGCCAGCUACGCCCGGGACGCCUGCGCGAAGGCUAUCUACGAGCGGCUGUUCUGCUGGAUCGUGGGCCGCAUCAACGCCGUCAUUGAGGUGCAGAACUACGACCCCCGGCUGCACGGCAAGAACACCGUCAUCGGCGUCCUUGAUAUCUAUGGCUUUGAGAUCUUCGACUGCAACAGCUUCGAGCAGUUCUGCAUCAAUUACUGCAACGAGAAGCUGCAGCAGCUCUUCAUCGAGCUCAUCCUGAGGCAGGAGCAGGACGAGUACCAGCGGGAGGGCAUCGAGUGGCAGCACAUCGAGUACUUCAACAACCAGAUCAUCGUGGACCUGGUGGAGCAGCCGCACAAGGGCAUCAUCUCCCUGCUAGAUGAGGCCUGCCUGACGGCCGGCACCGUCACUGAUGCUCUCUUCCUCAACUCCAUGGAUUCCCGGCUGGGCCGGCACCCCCACUACACCAGUCGCAAGCUCUGCCCCACAGACAAAACCCUGGAGUUCGGCCGGGAUUUCCGCAUCCGGCACUAUGCCGGCGAUGUCACGUACUCGGUGGAGGGUUUCAUUGACAAGAACAAGGACACCCUCUUCCAGGACUUCAAGCGGCUUCUGUACAACAGCGCAGACCCCGUGGUGCAGGCCAUGUGGCUGGACGGCGAGGCCAGCAUCACCGAGGUGACCAAGCGCCCGCUGACGGCUGCCACCUUCUUCAAGAACUCCAUUGUGGCACUGGUGGAGAACCUGGCCUCCAAGGAGCCCUACUACGUGCGCUGCAUCAAGCCCAAUGACCACAAGUCGCCCAUGGCCUUCGACGAGGAACGCUGCCGCCACCAGGUCGCCUACCUGGGGCUACUGGAGAACGUGCGUGUGCGACGCGCCGGCUUUGCCUCCCGCCAGCCCUACGGCCGCUUCCUGCUCCGGUACAAGAUGACAUGUGAGUACACAUGGCCCAACCACCUGAUGGCCACGGACCAGGAGGCCACGCAGGCGCUGGUGGACCAACAUGGGCUGCAGGGUGAGGUGGCCUAUGGGCGCUCCAAGCUCUUCAUCCGCACACCCCGCACCCUCGUGGCACUGGAGCAGGCGCGGGCCCAGCUCGUGCCCAUCAUCGUCCUGCUGCUGCAGAAGGCAUGGCGAGGUGCCCUGGCGCGGAGGCGAUGCCGGCAGCUGCGCGCCAUCUACACCAUCAUGGACCACUUCCGGCGGCACAAGGUGCGGGCCUACCUGCGCGAGCUGUGCCGGCGCUUCCAGGGCGUGCGCACCAUGCCUGAUUACGGCCGUAGCGUGACCUGGCCCCCCCCACCCGCCGUGCUCGCCCGCUUCCAGGACCACAGCCAGCAGCUCUUCCGCAGGUGGCGAGCCCGGCAGAUCGUCAAGAACAUCCCGCCCUCGGACAUGGCACAGAUCAAAGCCAAGGUGGCGGCCAUGGAGGCCCUGCAUGGGCUGCGGCCAGACUGGGGCUGCCAGCGGAGCUGGGCGCGGGACUACUUGUCCUCGGAGGUGGAGAACCCCACACUGGCCCUCCAGUUUGCCCGCAGGGUGCAAGCGCUGAAGGACAAGGUGCAUUUCGGCUUUGUGCUCUUCUCCUGCCACGUCCGCAAGAUCAACCGCUGCAACAAGAGCCGGGACCGAGCCAUCCUGAUCACGGACCAGCACCUCUACAAGCUGGAGCCCCGCAAGCAGUACCGUGUCAUGCGCAGCCUGCCCCUCAGCACGGUGACGGGAGUGAGCGUGACCAACGGGCAGGACCAGCUGGUGGUCUUCCACACCUGCACCCACAACGACCUGGUGGUCUGCUUCCACAAGAUGCAGCCGGCGGGGGACAACCGGGUCGGGGAGCUGGUGGGCGUGCUGGCCGACCACUGCAAAGCGACCAGGCGGGAGCUGGAGGUGCGCGUGUCCGACUGCAUCCAGAUAAGCCUGCGGGGCAAGAAGAGGCUGGUGGCCGUGGAGACGCGCCCCGAGGCCGCCAUGCCCGACUUCGGCAAGAGCCGCAAUGGCUUCGUGCUCUACUGGCCGCAGAGCUGAGAUCAGGGGGCUUGGGGGCCUGCCUAGCCCUGGCCCAGAGGGUGGAAGGAGCUGAUGUCACCCCUCCACCCAGCCAAGGCUACGUCUGGGCCAGGAGGGCCCCACAAGCUGCCCGGCCCUGCCCAGAAGCCCCCAGGACCCGCGCUGGCUCCCCACUUGGAGGAGAGGCCCGACCACCCCGGCCCUUGAGGAGCCAGACAGCCAUCGGCUGGCAGAGCCGGCUCCAGCCCCGCGCCCCUCCCUGCCGGCUUCGCACCUUCUUGCCCUCUGCCCUGACCUGCUGGCUGCCCCCGGUGCCCCUGUCACCCUCCAAAGAGGGACAGCCCAGACCCUGCUUGCAUUGCUGCCAGGGCUGGAGCUCCCCUCCGCCUCCUUACAGGAUGAAUGCUCCAGUGCCACACGUUCAGAUCAGAGAGGAGCCCAGCCUGGGCACCUG